UAAUAUUGACAUUGAUUGCUUUCUAAAAAAGAAGUAUAGUAGGUAUCAACUUAAUUAUAAUGGCAAUUUUGAGAGUUAAUUUGCUGGGGCUAGUCUUUCUUUGGAUCUCUGUGUUUAAUCUCGUGGGCAACGGUAUUAGAAGUGUGGAAGCUAAUUAUAUUCCCAUGAAUUAUAGAGAUGCAUUGGCAAAGUCUAUAUUGUUCUUUGAGGGGCAAAGGUCCGGAAGACUGCCCAACACCCAACAAAUAAGAUGGAGGUCUAACUCUGGCCUUUAUGAUGGUCGUCUUGCUCAUGUGGAUCUAAGUGGAGGGUACUAUGAUGCCGGAGACAACAUCAAAUUCAAUUUCCCCAUGGCCUUCACAACCACAAUGUUGUCAUGGGGCACCCUUGAAUACGGCAAGCGCAUGGGCCCCCAAUUACAAAGCGCCCGGGCUGCAAUCCGUUGGGCCACCGACUACCUCCUCAAGUGUGCACGGGCUACGCCCGGUAAGCUCUAUGUUGGGGUUGGAGACCCUAAUGUGGACCACAAGUGUUGGGAGAGGCCCGAAGACAUGGACACAGGCCGGUCUGUUUAUUCGGUCUCAGCCAGCAAUCCCGGCUCCGACAUUGCGGCGGAGACAGCGGCGGCAUUGGCAGCAGCCUCCAUGGUUUUCCAGAAGGUGGACCCCGCUUACUCAAGGCUGCUUUUGGCCACUGCAAAGAAGGUCAUGCAAUUUGCAAUCCAGUACAGAGGGGCCUAUAGUGACUCUCUUGGAUCCGCAGUUUGCCCUUUUUACUGCUCCUAUUCUGGAUACAAGGAUGAGCUGCUGUGGGGAGCGGCAUGGCUUUUUAGAGCAACAAACCAGGUUUAUUACUUAAAUUUCUUGAAAUCUUUGGGAGCUGGUGAUUCAACUGACAUCUUCAGUUGGGACAACAAAUAUGCCGGUGCUUAUGUUCUUUUAUCAAGGAGAUCAUUGGUGAACAAAGAUAACAACUUUGAGCAGUACAAACAAGAAGCUCAACAAUUUAUGUGCCGGAUUUUGCCCAACUCUCCCUAUUCAAGUACACAGUAUACACAAGGAGGACUCAUGUACAAGCUACCAUCCAGUAAUCUGCAAUAUGUAACGGCAAUAACAUUCUUACUUUCUACAUAUUCCAAGUACAUGUCAGCCACAAGGCAAACUUUCAACUGCGGCAACCUCCUCGUCACUCCAAUCACCUUAAGAAACCUUGCCAAGAGACAGGUGGACUACAUACUAGGGGUGAAUCCUUUGAAGAUGUCCUACAUGGUGGGGUAUGGGCAAUACUAUCCCAAGAGGGUUCACCACAGAGGAUCCUCAUUGCCCUCACUGGCAAGACAUCCACAGUCCUUUGGUUGUGAAGGCGGUUUCCAGCCAUUCUUCUACUCCGCGAGCCCGAAUCCUAAUAUCUUGACCGGAGCCAUUGUGGGAGGACCAAACCAGAACGAUGGCUACUCGGAUGAUCGUACCGAUUACAGCCACUCUGAACCCGCAACCUACAUCAAUGCUGCCAUUGUUGGACCAUUAGCAUACUUUGCCGGGAGCUCCAGAAGUUAAAUGGAAACCUCUUAAAACGAGUUAAACGCAAACUUUACUUUCGGGAGUUUACUAAUUGUAAAUAAGCUACUUAUUAUGCUUGUCCCCUAAAUAUGGGGUAUGGCCACCACACCAAAAAGUCAGAAAGUGGUGUUAUUUUGGUUAUUACAACAAUUUCGUAAUCUAAGAAUCUAGUUUGGUGACACCCACUCUUUGGUCAAUUUUGUUUACAAGACUUGA